AUGACUCAAACCAGCGGCAACGGUGAAACAUCACGGAAAGUGAGAUUUGUGGUCGAUUCAGGAGCCAGCGACCACAUGGUGAAUGACGAGCGAAUGCUGGAAGAUGUGGAAGAAUUGGAGAAGCCAGUCUUCAUUGCAACUGCUAAAUCAGGAACAACUCUUCGGGGUACGAAGAGAGGAAAAAGCUACGGGCUUAUGUCAGAAAAAGUUAGAAACUACGAGCACCGGCAGUCUAUCACGGAUAAAGCGAUUGCUGCGCUAACAACCGUUCAUGGGACAUGGUUCCAGGGUGGCAGCAAGUACGAGACGAUCUAUCCUUCGAGCGGAGGAAGCAUUGACUGGGCAUAUCAGGAGGCAAAGAUUCCGAUUUCACUGACGUUCGAGUUGCGAGAGCCUCCGGACUCGACGGACAUGUUCAUACUGCCGGCGGAGCAGAUAACUCCGGUGGGCGAGGAAACCUUGGCUGCGUUCGUCGCCAUUGUGGAGAAAGCCGAUCGAUUUAUUAUUUGA